AUGACUUACGAAAUUAGGCCGAUUGUCAAAGAUGGACUUCCCGGCUUUUCGGAUGUUACCACUGCGCCCUUUCUCAAGAUUGGUGAAGGCUACUAUUAUGUAGAAACUGCGUCGAAGAAAAACUGGUUUGAAGCCUAUGAAACGUGCCGCCUAAUUGGCGCCGAACUUAUCACGAUUGACACACUUGAAGAAUGGUUAUUAGUUAAUCAGUAUCUCAGGGACAUGAAUAUUGAUGGCGAACCUUACUGGACGUCUGGAACGGAUUUAGCCAUCCAGGGACAACAUAUUUGGUUUUCAAAUGGUCUCAACAUUACCUUGGAUGAAAUCUGGUAUCCUGGUGAACCUAAUAAUAAAGGCGGUAAUGAGAAUUGCGAUCACAUGUCCUUCAGUAAAGAUAAUAAUCCAACCGGAAUGAAUGAUAAUGAUUGCAAUCUCGCUUAUAGAUACAUCUGCGAAGCACCUCAGCCUAAGACGGCUGCUUUUAUUGUUUGGUAA